AUGAAUGAAGAAAUUUUAAAAGAGAUGGUGAAAGCCGAAAUUCCUCCAUUAAAUGAUAUUCUGGAAUGGUUUCUACAGUACUUUAAGAAACAUCAAGCUCAUCAUCAACGCUCUCUGGAGGCUUUUGCCAGCUAUUUCAUCAGCUUCAUCCGUGCGCAAACUGAGGAUUCAUCGCAAAUAGCCCCACCAAGAUGCGACACGCCGAGAAAGGUAUCGGCUGGUAACGUGCUCCAGUGUAAUCCGUCCGCCCAGCUACGGAAACUGUCAAUCAGCGACGGCUCUUGUUACCCAACGUCCGGUAUCCCAGGCGAUGCAACACCGACCGUCGAAGGUCAUCCCAUAAAUAGAGCCAGCGAACUUGACACCACCGGAACGCCGGAACAUUUGAUAGCACGGCAGCUCUUCGACCAGCACGGUGGUCUACCGGGUGUGUGUGAGACCAACAGAAAAUCGACAACCGAUUUUCGGAUAUUGGAGAAUUUAGCACCAGACGAUAGCGAACUAAAGGGUGCAACUGGUUAUUCCACUCCGAAACGGUUCCCACCACAAUCUGGUGCAGCAGACGGACCAUUUACCCCGGGCAUUAACGAAAAUCAAGCCUUAUCACGCUGCAGGAACACCAAUGAAACUGUUUACGCAACGCCUCCUCGCAGCAAUAAUGUUUCACGGAGCAGUGCGGGGAAUAUGUUACUUUCCUUUACCAGUACUCCGAUCGCCGGUAGCCGUGGGAAAACAACGGCCCAACACGGAUCAUCACGCAACGGAAGUCUGGAGGUCUCGUGUCCAUCACCCAACACGCUCGGUAACGGAUCACAACGUCAAGACGCUAGCGGAUUAAGCGAUGGUAGCGGCCGCCGUAGCAAAACAAGCUUACCUUGUCUUGGUGACUAUAUCGUAGCGCAGACGACGAAACCGCAUCGAAAUCGUCGGUCACCGUUCGCGGGCAAUAACAGCGGCGGUAAUAAUGAACCUACUGGCCUAAAUUCACCCAGUGUACUCAAAAGUCCCAUGUUUCUGGAUGAUGAGUUUCCGCAGCUAAACGUGACUCCGAACAAGGACCCCCAAACACCCGUUGGCGAUGAUGGACUAAAUGUCAGGAAGCGUGUUUCGCUCAACACCAAAACGUCCUUCAACGAAUCGCUGGACGGUGCUCUGCCCGGUGGUAGCAGUGGGAAAAAGUCGGGCACUCAAAGAAGACGCAUUGCACCGACUACCGUCAGCAGGACAGUUUCGGGACGACAUGAUUUUAACUCAUCAUCAUUUCGCUCGGAAAACAAUCUCAUAUCAAUCGAGAGUCACGAAGACGCUAGCCACGAUCCUCGCGGAAUGCUGCGCCAUUUGAAGGACGAGAUUCGAAGCGAUUUCCUACAGGCAGAAAAAGCAGAGAUGCAAAGAAACGUACGGGCGAAGCAAUCUCUGCACAGUUCUUUUAAUCAUUCCGAGAAAUUGCAUCCUUCUUUGGAUGGUGUCACGGAUAAGAUCGAUGACCUCGUUCCAAUGGAUGAUAAAAAGGAAGAAAAGGAUGUGUCAACAAUGAUAUUGGUGAUCGAAUUCGAUAAAGUUACGCAAAAACUAAUCAUCGAUCGGUUGGUCACUAUAUAUGCGCUACUGAUGGAUCUUAACCUGGUGCCAAAUAUGUUGAACGAGCUAGCUUACCUUAUCAACUUGGUGAGCACGGAACGGUACAUUGUAUCACAAAGAAACCCCGAAACCACAUCCGCCGUCACCGACAAUAAUGCCUCGACGGAACUCUUUAACGUUCUGCGAAGCCCACACAACUGUGUCUACUUUGCAACGGAGGUGCUUUACCACCAACGAACGCUGCUGGCACUGCUCGAUUGCACCUCGCUACGGGUGGUGGUAGAGAAUGAGCAUCUGGGGGUACUGCAUCCGACGUUGAGCGGUUUCCUGCGAGACAUGCUGGCGCAAAAGAUGAAACUUGAGAACCCUUUCAUCAAUCAGGCUUCCAGUGGUGGUGAUCCGCUGCUAAACAAUAGCAUCAACAACGUGUUCUACCAGCAAGAGAACGACACAAAGGAUCACUUUCCUUCGUCGAAAGAAUUUAGCGCUUUCAACAAGCAGCGAGAUUUAUUCUAUGCUGCCCUAAGAGUCUGGGAAACCGAACAUCUAAAUCCGGCGUGGGAAUUUGAGGUAAAGCUUGGCUCGAAAGUGCGAGCAAUGUUGGACAUUUUAAAUCAUCCCAUCAAUAUGUCUCACCUGGCUAAACUGUUUAGUGCUCAGCUGAUAAUAUCGUUUAACUUUGAUAACUCUGCCAGCGAGCUUCAGAUGGCGCUACCAAACAUCGACUUGACAAAGCUAUCAAAGCUGCGCCAACGGCUGGUAGGGCCAAGCAUUUUCUCCACACAGUAUCUUUUCCCCGGAAGCCAGAUGUUUUUUCGGGACUUUAUUGUGGCUAGUGAAAACCAUCAGAUAUUCAUUGAGCAGCUAAAAGCGGUUCUCAUCCACGAGCUGCUGCAGAUGAAUGGGUCAACGUACGAAAUAUUCAGCAUAUGCGGUGUGGAAAAUACGACCCGUUCGGAAUACGUGGUUCGCCCAGAAACAAUCGCCACGAUGCGCGUACUGGCAAAAUUUAUCGGCUUCAUAAUCACGCGUCCGUUCCAGUACGAAGGAGGCCGAAACACGAUAGUGGAAAAUCGUCAAAUCGAGCUGCGUAAUAUGCUAUUGCCAACAUUCGAUGUGCAGCCCAUACUGUUAAGAUCGGUUGCUGAGCGCAAGCUUGUCAUUACCGUUCCUUGGCUUGUGCAGUAUCUUAGCAUGUUGGAUUUGGUGACACUGCGGUUGCGUUACUACGAAGAACUCUUCCGGGUGCUGCACGAUAUCUACAAAGCGACAUCUGUGUGCGGUUUUGCAACAAAUAGCGACUUAUUCGCUAUUCCCACGUCUAGGUUUAUCGUUCGAUCUUGUCUAGAUUGGCUUUUCGACCAAUCCAACAUUCCGGAGGAAUACUACAACUCAUCGGAAAUGUCGAGCAGCAUCCUCAAGGAAACUCUCACCGACCAGCCAGUAACCAACGUUGCUGUAAAGCCAACCCAGAAUAGCACCAGCAACAUGAAGCCCAUCGUUUUUAAUCCAUUGCUGGAAAAUAUACUCAGUGCUGCUUGUCCAUUUUUGGCCGAUUUCCGAGUGUCCGUAAUGCCGUCGAAAGUGGAGAAAACCGUCUCUAGGACAGGGCGUUACCGGCAUAUUACCACACGUUAUUCGGGGGUCUUAACACAACAUCAAUCAAGCAUCGCAAACAAACUUGCAACCACGCUGGAAAUUUCCUCGGCGAGUGCCGGACAUAAUCGUUCGAAACCAUCUCACGGAAACGUGCAACAACGCUUGGUCGAAGGAUUUCUGCAGUCACAAAGCCAGUCCUUGCGUCGUACCGUUGAGCUAAUCGUGGACCGCUCUACUUCGGCUGUGAUAAAAGAUUUCCAAAUGCUGUUUAUUCUUCCAGAGAAAAAGGCAGUAAAUGAUCGUAUUGGUGAGGUGAAGGCUGUCGAGUUGGAGAACACAAAGCGAACAAUCGAAAACAUUUGCGUUGAAGCACUAGAUCGCAUUAACAAUGCCUGGGAGAGCCACGUGCCCAAAAUGCUAAACAAACGAAUCACGGAAGCAUUUGAUUCAUUGCUCCCAGUGGAAACUCUUGAUCCGGUACGCAAACUGUGUAAAAAUAUUACGCUAGAAAAGUGCCUUCAAAAAUCUGGUGAAUGGCGACAAUCGUACAUGUCUAUCACGGGUCUGUUCUGUAAGGAUGUGGAAAGUGAAUCACUAAGUCUGAUACACAAAGCACAGCAUCAGCAACAAAAAACGCUUUCAACAAACGCUAACCAAACGGAGUUCUCUGUGGCGGAAAAUUGCGCCAUCAUGCCCUCAACCUUUUAUGUAAAACUGCAAAUGCUCGUGUAUCAUGCUGCGUCCAGUCCGGAGCAAAUCACCGCAGGCGAAUUGAAUGAAUUCCUCGCACAAACUUAUGAUUUCCUCGAACAGCCCGGUCUCACCACGACACCGAUGAUGGAUCGCAUCCUGGCGUUCAUGUUGCUCCAAUUGGUUUUACUAAUAAUAAAAUCGCGCUGUGAUUUGAGCGUACCUGAGCUUUUCCACCGUGCCGUCAAAAUUUGGAAACAUACAAAAUUGACCCGAUUCUGUUUACCACCCCCACCGGAAUUGGACGAACCGCCAAGUGUGGAAAGUUUAACCCCACAUGAGCGGUCCCUUGUGGAUCCUGCAGAAAUAGAACAGUACCGUCGCAUACAGAUGCAACGAGAUACAAAUUACAUAUUUUCACAUCUGGUUAGCAAGCGCUACAUCCGCAUGCUUGAGGUUAACGCUACACCUAAACCUCAUUAUGAACUGUACGCAGAGUUUAUUACCGUUUUGCUUCAAGCGGAUAUCAUCACAAAAGAUUUGUUGAAUGAACAAUUCGUCACUUUAUUCCACGAAGACUGGCCACAGUCUACCCUGGAUAGUGUUUCGGUCGUUAUCAAUCGAGUACUGCAGAAGAACGGUCCGUCCGCAAGGCACGGUCACAGCAUCGACGAUUCAAAUACGGAAAUGUUCAUGGAAAUGUUGUCCGAUAUUGCCAGAGAUAUUACAGAAUUUUGA